UCCAAAGUCCAAUCUCGUUCACCCCCGUGUACGUACGUGCCAUGGCUAACCUGUUGAGCAAAGUUUCAGGUGCCAUGGCCGCCUGCGCCCGGCGCGUCUCGCGCGCCACGCGGCGGCUCCUGCGCUCACGGAGCAUCCGCAAGGGCAAGAAGGAAGUCAAGACGAGCGGCGCCGACGGUGAAGCCGUGUGGCACCGGUCGAUACUGCUGGGGCAGCGCUGCGAGCCGCUCAACUUCUCCGGCGCCAUCCACUACGAUGCCCAAGGGCGUCGGCUCUCGCAGCCCCGCGGCGGCACGGCGAGCGCGAAGCAGCAGCUGCAGGCGGCCACGAUGCUCAUCUGCCUGUCGGCGGACGUCGUGGACGAGGCCAUCACGGAUGGAGAGAGGAACUGAAGAAGAUGAAGACGGGUGCUGUGCUGUGGAUGACUAGAGCGCGAAUUUCGCGCCCUAGUCACGCCUUACAAAUAACCCCACUUAUAUA